AAUCGUGCAUGCAGUGCUGACUAAAUCAUGCAUGCAGUCAAGCUAUCUCAUUAUAUAUAGUCCUACUUGCAGGUUCCAGUUGCACGCACAUCUCGAAAUUAUCUGGUCACACACAAGACUAUCCUGCUCAUAUCUCACACAAGUUUUUGUUCACGAUUUUCCAAUGAAUCCGUUUCAGAACGAUUUGUUCGCUUCAGCUAGCUCCUAGUAUGAAUAUCCGGAGAUGUAUCCACCUCCUAAUUAUCCAGUAAAUUUGUCUUCCCAACCACAUAUGUCCCAACAAUUUGAUUCAAGUGGAUAUUAUGGCUAUGGUUCUACUCCGAGUAUGCAGCACAAUGCUACCAAUGGCCAGGGCGACGAUGACAGCGACGAUGACGACGACGACAACAACGACAAUGCAGAAGAUACCCGAGGCCGGCGUCUAGCUUGGACCGAGGACGACAACAUUAGACUGAUAAGUGCUUGGUUGAAUAACUCCAUAGACUCCAUUGAUGGAAACAACAAAAAGGGAGAGGUGUAUUGGAAGAAUGUCACGGAGGACUACAAUAAAAACAGUCCACCCACCCGGAGGAGAAACAGUAAAAACUGCAAGGACCAUUGGGGUAAAACUAAUAGGAAAGUUGUAGCUUUUCAUGGAGUUUACUGCAGGCUAAAAGAUGCCUAUGCAAGUGGGCAAUGCGACUUACAGCUUGUCCAGAAAGCCUUGGCCAUGUACAAGAAGGAGAAGAAUCAAAACUUCACACUAUUGUACUGGUGGGAGAAGGUUAGGGUCCACCAGAAGUGGAGUAGGCACUCCGAGGAGGGUAAAGGCAAAGGUAAUGGUACAAUACAAACCCAGAUGGAAAAAGAAACUCGCCCCGAUGGAACCAAACUGGCGAAAGGAAAGAAGAAAGGAAAAGUUGAAGAUGAAAACUCUUUUGGAACACUAACACACGAUGAUGUUCAAUUAUACCAUGACACACAAGCAUUACGAGCAUCGUUGCAAGAAAAGAUGGCAGAGGUGCACCUUCGACUCUCCAGAGAUAAGCUUGAGAUUGGCAAGACAAGAGAGAGGAUCAAAAUGUCUAGUACCUACAAGGAACUCAUAAUGGCCGAUACCUCACACAUGGAUGAGUAUCAAAAGAGUGAACACCAACGGGCACUAAAAUUUUUCAGUGACCAACUAUUUGGAGGAAACUAAUAUAAAACAAUCAUAACUCAAUUUUAGCAUAUUAUUUUCAUUUUUAAUAUAGCACUUUAAUUAUCUUUUCCAUUUACUUUAUUAUGUCAAAAAAAUUGUUUACUUUGUUCCAUACAUUGGUACUAGUAGAAUACCAAUGUAUCAUGUAAUUUGAGAUUUUUUUAUUCAAUAACACAAGUUCUGUACCAGCCAAUGUUUUGUAACUCUAUUUCUAAGGAAUAAAACUCUCUCUUUUUUAGCCA